ACCCCAAAUCCAUAUCCAUCUUUCUUCCUCUUUUCCUCUGUUUGUAGCCCACACUCACGACCGCCGUUGACCGACCAAGCGGCCGCCGUUAAUUAAGCUGUCAACGCCGCUACUGCGCUCGUCGGUUAACGGCGUCCUUCUGAUUCCCAUCGUAACCACUGUGAUUGAUAGAGUUUAGCAGGAAAAAUAAUAAUUCAUGGCUCUUCGUUUUGAGAUUCUUGGGAAGUUCAAUCGUGCUCGGGCAGCUCGACUUACACUUCCUCACUUUGUGUGCCAGACACCUUUAUUUAUGCCUGUGGGUACACAAGGUACAAUAAAAGGUUUGACGACCAGUCAGCUUGAGGACAUUGGAUGCCAAAUAAUUCUUGGAAACACCUAUCACUUGGCCCUCCGUCCCACUUCUGAGCUCAUUGAUGAGUUGGGAGGGCUCCAUAAAUUUAUGAAUUGGCCUAGGGGGUUGCUUACUGACUCAGGUGGCUUUCAAAUGGUUUCCUUAUUGCAUUUGGCUGACAUUACAGAACAGGGUGUCACCUUUCAGUCACCGGUUGAUGGGAAACCCAUGUUACUCACUCCAGAAGAGUCAAUACAGAUACAAAAUCGAAUAGGAGCUGAUAUUAUAAUGGCUCUUGACGAUGUUGUGAAAACCACUAUUACAGGUCCACGGAUUGAAGAGGCAAUGUAUCGUACCCUUCGUUGGAUAGAUAGGUGCAUUGCAGCACACGAAAGACCCCAUGAUCAGAAUUUAUUCGGAAUUGUGCAAGGUGGCUUGGAUCCAGUUUUAAGGGAUAUAUGUGUCAAAGGCUUGGUAGACCGUAAAUUACCUGGCUAUGCGAUUGGCGGUCUUGCUGGAGGCGAAGAUAAAGAUUCAUUUUGGCGUGUUGUAGCCCAAUGUACAGCUGCAUUGCCUGAGGAUAAACCGCGCUAUGUUAUGGGUGUUGGCUAUCCUCUAGACAUCGUAGUUUGCAGUGCAUUAGGUGCUGACAUGUAUGAUUGCGUCUACCCCACACGUACUGCUCGAUUUGGGACAGCUCUUGUGCCCGAGGGGGUUUUAAAACUUAAACACCAAGCAAUGGCUGAUGACACUCAACCGAUUGAUCCAACAUGUGAAUGCAUGGUAUGUAAAACUUACUCGAGAGCAUACAUUCACUGCCUUGUCACUAAAGAUGCAAUGGGAUCUCAGCUUCUUUCGUACCACAAUUUAUUUUACAUGUUGAAGCUUAGCAGGGAUUUGCACACAUCAAUUGUCAAUGGCCAGUUUCCAGAGUUUGUUUGCAAAUUCCUCCAGAAAAUGUUUCCAAAAGGAGACGUUCCUCAGUGGGUUUGCAAUGCUAUGGAGGUAGCUGGUAUUGACAUAACAUCCUGCUGUAGCCCCUUUCCAUUGUCGCUGAUCGACUCUCAAGUGGGAACUGUCAAGUAUUCUAGGAAAAACUCAAUUAAAGUGGUACAUACCAAUGAUCAAUGAGGAGGCAAAAAGAUAGAGAGAUAUAUACACAGCUCCAUAUAAUUUGUAGUCAAUAUGGUGCAAUUUUGUCUAGGGUUAUUAUUUAUUAACAUUUGAGGUCCAAGUGCAUUGUUGUAAACUGUUUUAGAUAAAUUUUGAUCAUUAAUCUCAUUUUAUGAAGCUAAUAUGUUCAACAUA